AUGGGGUCGCUACCAGACUUGUACGAGGCGGGCAUUGAGGAAGUUCAGGAUGGUCUGAAAAAGAAGUGCUUCACCAGCGUUGAUCUCGUCAAAGCAUAUCUCGCUCGUAUAGAGGAAGUCAACUUGAAGGGCCCUGCGUUGCGGGCGGUCCUGGAGACCAAUCCGAACGCGCUCAAGCAGGCUGCAGAGCUCGACCAGGAGAGGGAGGCUUCCGGGCCCCGCGGUCUUCUCCACGGCAUCCCGAUCUUGCUCAAAGACAACAUCGCCACGCUUCACAGCGAAGGCAUGAACACCACAGCGGGGUCCUACGCCCUGCUCGACUCCGUCGUCGACGGCGAGUCCUUUGUCGCCGCGCGGCUGCGAGCCGCGGGCGCGAUCCUCCUCGGAAAAUGCUCCCUCUCGGAGUGGGCGAACUGGCGGGGAAAAGUCCCGUCUGGGUUCUGCGGGCGCGGCGGCCAGGGCACGAGCCCGUACGUCCCGCUGGGCAACCCGUCGGGCUCCAGCUCCGGCAGCGCGAUCGCGGGUGCGAUAGGCCUCGCGACGGGCACGCUCGGCUCAGAGACGGACGGCUCCAUCGUCAGUCCGAGCAGCAAUUGCAACCUCGUCGGCCUCAAGCCAACGGUCGGGCUCACGUCGCGUGCGGGAGUGAUUCCGAUCUCGGAGCACCAGGACAGCGUUGGUCCGAUGUGCCGCAGCGUCGCGGACUGCGCGGCCAUCCUAUCCGUCAUCGCGGGGCGCGACCCGCACGACAACUACACGCUGAAUCAGCCCGAGACGGUGCCGGAUUACACCAAAGCCUUGAAGAAGGACGGCCUGCGGGGCGCGCGCCUCGGCGUGCUGCGGAAGGUGCUGCACGGUGUCGACGCGAACAUCAUGAUCGCGUUCAACAAGGCGCUGGAGGACAUGAAAGCCCUCGGCGCGACGAUCGUCGACCCCGCGGACUUGGCGGACGAGUGGGACUACGACGAGGUGUGGAAGCGCGAGGAGCUCGUGCUCUGUGGCGACUUCAGAGCCAAUAUUCACGGCUACCUGUCGAAGCUGGUGGAGGUUCCGACGGGCGUGCGGACCGUCGAGGACCUCAUCAGGUUCAACGAGGAGAAUAGGGAGAAGGAGCUGGUCGAGCCAUACUGGACGGACCAGGCGACGUUCUUCAAGUGCAGCAACAUACACCAAGAUUCAAAGUUCUGGGACGCAGUGGCAUACGACUAUCGAAUGGGUCGGCAAGACGGUGUCGAUGGCGUGCUGAAGAAGUACGAGGUCGAUGCGAUCCUCGCGCCCAUCGCGAGGGCGUCCCUGCCCGCCGCGGUCGCAGGAUAUCCUCUCAUAGUUGUGCCCCUCGGCUUCCAGCCGCCUCACGUUGCGCUCACAGAGGCAAAUCCGACGCGUAUGAACGGCCCGAACAUGCCCUUCGGAAUUUCGUUCCUCGGUACCGCCUACAGCGAAUUCCAGCUCAUCCAGUACGCGUACGCGUACGAGCAAGCGACGAAGCAUCGGCUAGAGAAAAAAGCGUACCCCGAGGCGAUACCAAAGACACAGCUGGGAGACGUGAUGGGUAAGCAAUCAUGAAUAUAACCUAGACUCCGGGCGACGUAUCACGGAGGAGAAAGUGGGCAACUGCACGGGCGAGCGGAUGAGUGACGGCAUAUGCGUGCAGAUGGACAAGUGAGCUGAGGUCAGACCAGACAAUGUGUAGAUAGGCGAGAGUGAGCGGGUACGUGGGCGAGUGUGUGCAACGGGAUGUCUUGCUGCCAGUGGCGAAAGCACGAUGGCCUUUAUGUAAGUGUCGUAGAAGACUCGCCGCGAUUGGUAGCAGAGGUAUUAGGUAGAGUCGGCGAAGGGCGAUCGGGCUAGUGAUGGGACGGCGGGUGAUGUUCUAGUAGAGACUAGUGGGGCCACCUCAAUAUUUGAAUGCUCAGGCUAUCAAAUACUU